GUAGUUGAAAAAUCUCUACUCCAAAUGUCAAAAACUCCUCAGUCUUCUCCUUCCCUUCUUUUUCCUUCUUUACCCCUUACCAAGCACAAUUUCUCUCCCUCUCUCCCCCUCAUUCUCUGCAAUUUCCUCCAAAAUUCAGAGAGAAAAGAAAAAAAAAAAGCAUAAUUUUGUUGUGUCAGACAAAUAGACAGAAAGAAAGAUAGCCAAGAAUUUUCUGGAAUCUUUGAUCGAACCUUUUUUUAUUCCUUUUUCCCUUUUAGCAUUUUAGUUCAGAGAAGAGUCUUUUUGAAGUUUAUUGUUUGUUUUCGUUUUGUUUUUGUGCUCCUUGACUUGAUCAACGACCAAUAGGUGUGUGAUUCUGGAUGCCCGUUUUAGACCGCAUUGAUGGCUCAACGGUUCGUCAAAGUGGAAGAUUGAUGACGAUUUUGGGGAUUUAGCUAUUUAAAUCGAAAGUGGAAAAAAAAUUGAUGGAGCGAUUCAUCUCAGUUUGUUUAUGGUUGAUUUUGGUGUUGUAUUUGGUUUUCAGAUCUGCGGGAAAUGCUGAAGUUGAUGUUACUUUCGAGUUUCUAGUUUGGCUUAAUAAAUGCUUUUCCUUCGUCAAUCUAGUGAUCUUGGGAAUGCGAAUCUUUCUGGUCAAUUGGUUCCACAGAUCGGGCAGCUUAUGAAUUUGCAGUAUCUGGGGCUUUAUCGCAAUAACAUAUCUGGAAUAAUCCCAGAGGAGCUUGGAAAUUUGAUAAACUUGGUGAGCUUGGAUCUUUCCUUGAAUGCUUUAACCGGGAACAUUCCAACUUCUCUGGGCAAGCUUCCAAAACUACGUAUCCUUUGCAUAAAGAACAUUGGCUUGAAAGAUGGUCUUCAACAACGAGUUUUUCAUGGACUCCACAGAACGACUAGUUUGUUCUCGUCUGUAUUAGCUCCUUGUGAGUCACCCAACGAAGUCAAGGUCCAGCAAAAAAAGAUUCAACUAAAGAUGAGGGAUUGUUUAUCAAUCGGUUAUACUUUUACCUUGUCUUAAGAGACAUCUAUCCUCCUCAAACAAAACAAUCUAAAAGAUUUGAUAGAUAUAUGGAAGAAGAUGAGUGCAUCAAGACAAGAGGAGUUUUGUUAGAGACAUAUGCAUAUACCACACCUUCUUGCAGUAAAUGUCGACAAUCAACUAAUUAGAGUUGUAGCGCAAUUCUGAGAUCCUACAUACAAGUGUUUCAUAUUCAAUGAAGUUGAUAUGACGCCAAUCAUCGAAGAAUAUUCGACUUUGUUGGGUUUGCACCUCAAGGCUCUUGACAAGAUAUAUGUAAAAAAACAUAAGUUAGGAUUUCGUAAGAAUUUGGCUCAUCUCAUAGGGAUAGACAAAGAGAUUAUGGAUUUUCAUACAAACAAAAAACCAGAACAGGUUUGCCUACCUUGAAAGUUUUUUUAUGAUUUUUUAAUACAACAUGCUGAUGAAGAGCGGGGGUUAGAUGUAUUUGCCUUAGUCAUAUACGGAAUGGUGAUAUUUUCAAAGGUUUUAGGUUAUAUUAAAAUAGCAGUGAUUGACUUGUUCGAAAGUGUAAUCAAUGGUUGUAACCCUUCAAUGGUAAUAUUAGCAAAAACUAUAAGAUCUUUGAGUUAGUCGUUGAAAUGACGUUUUAUAGGUUGCAUAUAGUUAUUGUACUUAUGGAUGAAAAGUCACUUUGAGUGGAGAAAAUGUAUUUUCUCAAAGCUUUAUGUCUGCAAUCGAGCUUCGAUCAAAGAAUUUUGUAAAAGUGGGUGGUUAGAACAAAAGUAUAAAAAAGAGUAGGUAGCUUUCUUACAAAAAUUGACAAGUGCCGAAGUAAGAGGGUUAGUCCCAUGGAUGAAUCGUGAAUCUAUGCUGUAUCAUUGUAGAGAUAACUCUGUAGUCUCACUUUUGGGUUUAUAGAGAGCAACAAGUUAUGCGUCAUUUCUAGUUAUGAGGCAGUUUGGGGUAGAACAGUUUAUUCCCAUGACGCAUAAGCUUCGUCAAUUAUAUUUUUCUUACAGUGAGCCAAAAACAAUUCAGAGGAUCAAUGAGAUGAUUAAAGCAUGAAAAAACUUCUGUGAAGUGAGUCCUGGACCAUUCAUUGAUAAGAUCACUUAGGGGUAUUUGGUUUGGAGAGCAAGAUAAAGACAGAAAAUGACAUUCACUUAUGAAAGCUUUCAACCGUCAACAAGAGAAAAGCUUGAAGAAACACUAUCAGAAUUGAAGCUUACGACAAAAGAAUUCGAGUCUGAAAAAGAUAGGCUAAAGCAAGAGAUUCAGAAGCUUCAAGAGGUAAAAGAUCAGUGGAAAGAUAGAGCUAAAAAACAAGAAGUUAAAGUCUGCAAGAUCAUUAGAGAAUGUGACAGCUGUUGAAGAUCUAGCGAAGCUGCACCAAGAACAUAAAUGGUUAUGUGUGAAGGUAAAAGCCAAAGAGAUAACAAUUGCUGAGUUGACAGAUGAAAAUAAGCGAUUAAAACAAUAAUAUGUUGAAUUAGAGGAAAAAAGUACCUAAAUACAGAUAAAAAAUAACAUAUUGAACAGCUACUUAAGCAGGUUGAAACAAAGGUUGAAUGAACAAGAAGACUACAUUACUGCAUUGGUUAGAGAGCAUUUUGGUGUGAUAAAAAGGAAAACCUAGGAAGGUAGAAGUACAUUGAGCACUUAACGUCUCAAAUUUACAAAAAGGUAUGUGGGUAAAAAAGAGGUAGAUGGGGUAAGGCAUUGAAACAAGUGGUGGCUCCAGUAGAAGAACAUGGGCAACGUCUCCUAAAUUUCAUCGAGGAAGCCAAAGCUUAGUAUGAGCAGAUCAAACGAUUUUAUGGUUAUAACUCUAGGAUGAUAGAUUUUAUGUAAAUAAAAGUUCUUUGGAAUAAAUGAAAUCUUUUGG